GUUUUUCAUUUCAGCUCCAAGAGCCGGCGAUAUGAGUCAGAUCCCCGACACUUCUUUUAUACCGGAUCUUCCGAAAGGCCCUCUGUGUAAAUAUCGCAAUCGCGCAAAAUUCGAUUGGAAAAAACUAAAACUGAUAUUUGAAAGUGAGCAGGAUUUGCGCAUUAAGUAUAAAGUGUGGAAGGUAUUGGAAAAUGAUCCACUAUUUUCCAAACACAAGACUACACUGCCUAUCGAUGAGCAGAAGCAUCUCUGCGCCAUGCAAGUGAACCGCAUGCCACAUCUGAAUCUCAUCCCGAAGGAGAUCGAGCAGAAGAGCUUUAGCGAAAAAACAAAAUAUUUGAUGAGCAUAAAUGAAGCUUUGCACACGUAUUGUCCGAGUUUGUCGGUGAAGAUCGCCUUGGGUGUGGGGCUCUUCAACAACGCGAUACGCGCCAUGGGCACAGAGCGGCAUAUGAAGUACUACGAUGCGGCGUGGAAUCGUGAACUCAUAACAUGCUUAGCCAUUACUGAGCUUGCGCACGGUAGCAACACGAAAAGAUUUCGCACAACCGCCACAUACGAUCCUAAAACGCAAGAGUUCGUCGUCAAUACACCCGACUUUGAGUCGGCAAAGUGCUGGGUCGGUAACUUGGGGAAAACGGCUACGAUCGCUCUGACAUUCGCCAAUUUAUACACGGAAAAUGGAGAAAAUCAUGGACUGCACGGUUUUAUAAUUCCUAUCCGCAACCCAAAGACAUUGCAGGCAUAUCCAGGCGUUUUGGUAGGAGAUAUGGGCGAAAAGAUAGGACUCAAUGGCAUUGAUAAUGGCUUCGUAAUAUUUUCAAAUUGUCGCAUUCCACGCGAAAAUCUUCUCAACCGCACAAGUGAUGUGACACAGAAAGGAGAGUAUGAAAGUGUUUUCUCCGAGCCAGGCAAGGUGCUUGGAGCGGCUUUGGAAUCUUUUUCAGCGGGUCGUAUUGGAAUCAUGCAGGAGUCAGCUAAUACGCUAGCAAGCGCAACUGUGAUUGCAGUGCGAUAUGCGGCGUUGAGAAAGCAAUUUGGGCCCGAGAAAGAUGGACCUGAAGUGCCGAUCAUCGAGUAUCAGUUGCAACAAUGGCGAAUAUUCCCAUAUCUCGCGGCUGCUGGUGUCCUGAAAGUAGCUGUGGCCGAGCUGACUGACAUUUACCUCGCAGUCAUUGAAAGGUCGCAAAAGGAUUCAAAUGGAUUUGAGUUGUUGACUCAAAUCGUUUCCGAAAUUCAUGCAGUUAUCUCCUCAUCGAAACCUUUAACCACAUGGACGGCAAGAGAUGCUAUUCAGGAGGCGCGAGAAGCUUGUGGUGGACAUGGCUAUUUGAAAGCUUCCAAGCUGGGGGAUCUGCGCAACGAUCACGAUCCCAGUGUCACUUACGAAGGCGACAACAAUGUGCUUGGCCAACAAGCUUCCAACUGGCUUUUACGGCAAUGGACCAGCGCCGUUGAGAGUCCAGUGGGCACUGUGAAUUUCUUGAAAAAUCGAGGUGAUAUUUUACAACGCACCUACGAAACUAUCUUGCGUGAAGUGCCCAUCGAAUCUAUGGAUUUUGUCCUUCACUGUUACGAAUGGAUGCUCUGCUAUUUACUUGACCAGACAUCGAGGCGUGUGGAGCAAGAUACAAAAGCAGGUGUACACCGCUUCGAUGCGCGCAACAAUGCGCAGGUGUACGGUGCGCGCGACUUAUCAUUGGCUUAUGCUGAAUAUUUCGCCUUGAGUCGUUUCAGCAAACGUUUCCGCCGCUUGAACUUAAACAGAGAACUGUCACAAGUGCUCAACAUCCUUUUCGCAGUCUAUGCGAUGUGGUGUAUUGAUCGCCAUAUGACCACCUUCUACUUGGGUGGAUUUGCGAAAUCGCCUUCUUUUGCGGAGGCGGUGCGCACGCGUUUACUUUCUAAAUGUGGUGAACUCAAGGAUUCGGCUGUGUCGGUGGCGGAUGCCUUGGCGCCGCCCGAUUUCGCACUAAACUCGGUCAUCGCUAAAUCCGAUGGUCUCCUGUACGAAAAUUUACAAAGCGAAUUUAUGACCAAUCAGGGUGCAUUUGAGCGACCUGCUUGGUGGAAGGAUAUUAUUAUUCCUCAAGUGAAGUCGAAGCUUUAAAAGAACAAGCGGAGAUGGCUAACACAAAAUUUUGCAUUUUUCUAGUUCUAGAGCAUUUUAUGAAAAGAAUAACAGUAUUGUAUUGUAAUGUAAUGUGUGCGUGAAUCAAGGAGGUGAUUGUGUUUGUGUAUUAGUAUAACCGAUUGUAGUGAUACCUAUGAUAACGGUACAAGUUUAUAAUAUUUUCGUGGACUCAGAUUUUUACAUAUGCAAGCAAUUUGAUAUAAAAGUUUAUUAAAUAGAUAACCGUGUAUGUCUUUUCGAGGUAUAUACAGACACACAUAUUUAAAUUUGAAAUUUUUUUAUAUUUACUUAACAAAAUUUACAUUACCUCUAAUGUAUUUCUUGUGUUGAAGUUAUUGCUGCCGCUCGGAAAUACGGCUGACAUCUCUGUAUUUUGUAUCCGUUAAGAUUUUGAAUCAUUUAAAGAUUUUAACUGAAAUAACACCGAGAUUGUUUUUGGUUGAGAUUUAAAAAAAAAAAACUGUGGUAGUGAGGGGGUUCCUCUUUGGAGUCCAAGGACUCGAAAUCAGUGAGGGUAUUUAAAAAGCAUUGUCUACAAACGCUAAAAUAUAUAUAAUCUCAAAAUAAUUGCAUCCUUAGGCAAAAAAUUAAUAUUUUAUUAUUGAAAUUAUAAUCUCUAUUUAAAUGCAGUCGUAUGAAGGGGUCUCAUAAACAACCCAGAGACAAAAUUUAAUUUAAAAAAAUUUAAGUAUAUACAUGAGUACUAUAUCAAAAACCAGAUUAUAACGUUGAACGCUUGAAAAUCGUUCUUGCGAUAAUCGCUUCACUUUUUCUCCUAAGUCACUCCGAAACACUUCACUUUUGGUAUGUUUUCAUUAAGGCAUCUAGUAUCGGGAUUCCCGAUCAAGACCUCGGGAUCCCGGGAUCCCGGGAUAUAAUUUAAUUUACUACCAAAUUAAAAUAAAACGACAUUCAGACAAUGUAAUGGCAUACAAGAAUUAUAAAAUACAACCCUACAAAUAAUCAAAUAAUAUAUUACAAUUCUAACACUA